GAAGGUAGAAGCACAAGGAAAAUGCUGUCAUUCCUCUUGGAAGCUGUCGUGAGGUGGCACUCAGUGGAUUGUGUUGUUCUGCCUGCUGCAUUCCAGCUCGUGUGGGGGCAGAGGGUUAAUUUGAAUCACCAACGUGAUUAUGUAGCUGUAGGAACUGGCUGAGAAGAUGGGCCUCAAACCUCAACAGCCUGGCAGAUUACAAAGAGAGAAAAAUAGGCAUCUCCAGAGAGGCAGAAGAAUGGAGAGAAAUUGCUUACAGGAGUACAAAGGCAGCUAAUUAGAAUGAAACAAGAUAAUAAGAUAGGGAGAAAUUUUGGCAGAGUGUAUCAGAGAACAGUUCCUGUCAGUGAAUCUAUUAAGCUGGGGUAGAACCUCUCAAGGGCGGGUAGAGGCAGACCAGUUGGAACACAUAUAAGUAGAGGAUACAAAACAUUAGACACCAGACAAGUAUAAAGGAAAAUUCCUCUGGAACCAUAUCUAGUCUGACAGUUCUUUAUAAGCUAAGCUUUAAUUAAGAGGGAAGAGUCACAGCCAUGAUUGUACUUCAUCACAGCUGCUUUUCCUCUGGUUCCUAAUGUUGUUAUUGUUGCUUUCCUACACAGCACCCAAGCUUUGGAAACAUGGCUAAGGUUUUGCAUGAGACUGAAACCACUCCGGACAGUACCCCACCCAGAGAAGAACAGGAUGACAAUGCCAGCAUGAAGCAGUACCUGAGAAACAAAAACCUUGUUCUGGAUUUCCUGCGCUCUGACUUGAAUCCCCACCACCUCCAGUACCACUGGAACAAAGUUCAUCUUCUGAAGAAGUGUUACUUUUACUUGAAGUUUGAGCCCAGACACGUGUGCGUGAGAGACCAGAACAAUAUGAUGAUUUUUGCUGACAUCUUACAAAUAGCAAACCCCUGCCAACUCCAGAAGAUCAAGAAGGUGGGAAGAAAACAGACUGAAAUCCAGCUGGCACUUUUAACUGAGCUGUUGGAACAGCUGGAACGAGGUCGGGAGGAGCUGAGCCGUUACGUACAGAUCUGUGACGUAGAAGCUUUCCUCUCCCAGUGGGACUUGAAUAUAAAGAGAGUGCUCAAGCUCUCCAUGUUUUUCAAUAAGCUCAUUUCCUUGGAAGAGCCAAGGAAGCUCCACGUCAAGCACAGCUUGGUGUCACAGAUACAUCUCGGAGGCGCUCUACACCCUCCCAUUACUUUUUCUCUCUACACGAAGAAGCCGCCGAUUUUUGAUCGGAUAGAGUCGUUCGCGUGCCAGACCUGGGCCCAGCUCAAGUGGUUCACUGAAAGCCAGGAGUCGCACCUGGAACGAUGGCAGCUGGAGAUCAAGCUAGUGACAGACGACAGUCAGACGGAACCAGGAUACGGUCGGACCCAGGAAGUCAUCUCUAACCCGUGUGUAAUCAACCACCUGCUGCCUGGCAGGUUGUACGAGUUCAAAGUGAGGAGAUCCGACACUCACACGCUCGUCUACUCGCAGUGGCACGACUGCAUUAUAUUGAAGACAAAAACUCACCCUGCUGAAGACGCCAAGGAAGCCCCCAGCCGCAGCCUGAUGAGGCGGCUCACGAGACCGACUCCCCCAGUUUAAUGGUUUAAUGAAAAAGGUGAAUAAGAGUAAUUAAAAAUAAAUUGUUUAAACAGUUUGCUUUAAAUCAAACUCGUUCUGUUUUCAACAGCAAUUGUAAAGGUGCCUUCCCAAAAUCUUUCCAGGUUAGCAGUAACCCAUUUGAAAUUUCUCGCAAAAAGUAUCAUCUUUAGGCAGCAUUUGGGACUCAACAGUUUUGUCCCACUGCCAGAGGCAAUGGUGGGAGCAGCCAGAACCAGAAAAUCUUGCAGGACACCUCUGAAGCAGAGCACAAGAGACAGAAGCAUCUCUACCAUCCAGUGCUUUCCAUCCACUCAGUGUCAGCUUCUUCCAAUGAUGUUUUGGGUUUGUAUUGUCCUUCCUCCAAAGUACCUGAACUGAACUCUUAAGCUCUUCAAAUCACCCACCCAGACUUAUGUCCAUCACUGGUUUCUGUCACCCUCUACACCCUGUGCCAUAUAGGUACCUAAGCAUGACUUCACCCCUCUAUAGUGCAUGAAAAGAUCACUUCAAUAAAAAAAAAGCACCAACCAAAACU